AUGGAACAUAUUGACGACGACCAACUAGCUACAAAUUUAAGAUAUCGUUUUGAUUAUGUAGCAAAAUUUAUCAGAUGGUCUAAUGACGAUAUAGCUGUUUUGAAUUCGCUGGAGCCAAUCGUCUCUCCGUUACUCCCAGUCGUUGUUGAUGCCGUUUAUAAAAAAUUAUUUCAAUUUGAUGUGACAAAAAGAUUUUUUUUUAAAAGAAACGAAGGAUUUGAAGGAAAUUUGCCGUCAAGUUUAAACGAUCUAACUUUAAAUUCGGAACAAAUUCAGUUUCGUAAAGAUAUGUUAAGUCGUUAUUUAACACGUGUUAUUACAACAAAGGUAUGGGAUGAUUCAUUCUUACAAUAUUUAUCAAGAGUAGGAAAAAUUCACACAAAUAAUGGUGGUUCAAAAUCGAUUAACGUUCCUUAUAUACAUGUGAAUGCACUAUUGGGUUACGUUGAACAUAUUCUAAUUGAUGCUGUUUGGGGAGUAGAAAAUGUUGAUAAUAAAACAAAAAAAGCAGCCAUAUUAAGUAUAAACAAAUUCUUUUGGAUCCAAAACGAUUUGUUUACAAUGCAUUAUAUUGGCAGUAGUAGUGUGUCGAAUGCACCCAAAGAUGACACUGCAAUACCAUCAAAUACAUCUAGUUUUGCGUUUAAUCAUCAUCUUCUUAUGACAUUUGCAUUAGUGGCUGCUAUUGCUGUUGUGAUCGGAUAUUAUAUUGGUGGGCAAAAGUAA